UUUUCCUGUUAUUGUCAGGUCAUUUGAAAAUUUUCAUAAAACUUUACCCACUCUAACCUUUACCGGUAAAAACUUUUUAAAGGUAAAAUCAUAAAAUGGCACCAUAUACAUUGAAGCAAACCCACGUUGGAGCAUCAAACGAAUGCAAUGACAAACAUGCUAAUUUUAUUGAGGCCGAUUUCAGUUUAUAUCAAGAACUCUUUGAUUCGAACGGAAAAAAGCACACGACAAAAAAAUAUGAUAAAUCUAAUGAUGAUUUAGAAUUCUCAAAAACGAUUGAUAACUUGUCUGUGAAGGAUUUUGCAAAUCUAUUAACAAGUAAAUCAAACGCAAGGAAUCAUGUGAAGCCUAUAUCGAAUGUAAUGAUUUGGUACAACAUGGUAGAUUCUUAUUCGGUUCCUAUCUCAUAUCAGCCAUUUAACCAAGGCGGGAGAAAAACUAAAAGUGUAACAGUUCAAAAAUUAACUAUGUGUCCAACAUGUAGAAGAAAUACUUUGAUGACUAGUGAAAAUAUAGAAGUUCCAGACCCAGAUGCCAUGGCUUCAACGAUUACAAGAUGUCCAACAUGUCAAGCGGAAAUGAUGACAAAUUCAAAUUUAGGAAUGGGCAACUCUAUGGUCGUUCCCAAAUUGAAACAAUGCCCUAGCUGUGGUAGGAAUACUUUAAUGUCUCAAGAAGUCAUGAACAUGCCCCAAUCUCAGCCAACCAUGUCAAUAUGUAAUACCUGCAAGCAACCUAUUACGAUGAAUAAUAUACAACCUUAUUCUCAACAAAUUCCUUUAAAAUCAGAGAGUUUUAUUAAUGAUUCUAUGCUAGUUCCCAAAAUUACAAAUUGUGGCACAUGUGGACAAACUUUGAUGUCAUAUGAAAAUAUUAAUUUAUCAACUCAGCCUCAAAUACAAUCAGUACCAUCAAUGAUGACUCAACAAAAGUUAACUCAAUGUCCUGAAUGUCGAAGAAACACAUUAUUGGUUAAUGAUAUGGUCGUUCCCGGGGUCAAUAUGCCUAUUCAGAGUCAACUAACUACUCAGUCUACCAUGGCUUCCAUUCCCACGUUGACCCAAUGCCCACAAUGUAAAAGGAACACUCUUAUGACCUAUCAAAAUCAAGGAAUGCUUGAUCAAGAUUCUUUUCAAUCUUCACAAAUGCCCACUAUGGCGGGAAAUAUGUAUCAACAACUAGUAGAAUGCCCUACUUGUAGAAGAAUGACACUUUUGGUUAAUAAAGAGAUGAAUGCAACACCCCAGAAUACAAUGCCCCAAAUAAUGAUGCAGCAACAAAUGGAACAGCAAAUGCAACAACAGUUAGGACAACAAAUGGAACAACAAAGGCAGCAACAAUUGGAACAGCAGAGGCAACAAUUGGAACAACUAAGGCAACAACAAAUGGAACAAGAAAGGCAACACAUGGAACAAUUAAAACAACAACAAAUGGAACAACUAAGGCAACAACAAGAACAAAUAAGACAACAGCAAAUGGAACAACAAAGACAAGUACAAAUGGAACACCAAAGACAACAAAUGGAGCAACAAAGGCAACAACAAGUGGAACAACAAAGGCAACAACAAAUAAUGGAACAACAAAGGCAACAACAAUUAAUGGAACAACAAAGGCAACAACAAAUAAUGGAACAACAGAGGCAACAACAAAUGGAGCAACAAAGACAACAACAAAUAAUGGAACAACAAAGACAACAACAAAUAAUGGAACAACAAAGACAACAACAAAUAAUGGAACAACAAAGACAACAACAACUGGAACAACAAAUGAUGGAACAACAAAGACAACAACAAAUGAUGGAACAACAAAGACAACAACAACUGGAACAACAAAGGCAACAACAAAUGAUGGAACAACAAAGGCAACAACAAAUGGAACAACAAAGGCAACAACAAAUGAUGGAACAACAAAGGCAGCAGCAAUUGAUGGAACAACAAAGGCAACAACAAUUGCAACAGCAAAUGGAACAACAAAGACAACAACAAUUGCAACAACAAAUGGAACAACAAAGACAACAACAAUUGCAACAACAAAUGGAACAACAAAGACAACAACAAAUGGAACUACAAAGACAACAACAAUUGCAACAGCAAAUGGAACAACAGAGACAACAACAAUUGCAACAGCAAAUGGAACAACAAAGACAACAACAAUUGCAACAGCAAAUGGAACAACAAAGACAACAACAAUUGCAACAACAAAUGGAACAACAAAGGCAGCAACAAAUGCUAAUGCAACAACAAAUUCAACCUAUCAAAAAGACAUAUUGUGAGACAUGUAUGCAACCGCUGGAUAGUAACAUGUAUUCUGGAGGAGAUACUGGGGGAACAUUUACACAAUGCCCAGAGUGUAGAAGAAAUACUUUGUGGUCAAAUAAACCAGUAAACUAUGUAAGUAACCUACCUUUGAUUCCUUCUAUGUCGCAGCAAAAUUUGUUUAGCACAGGGCCUGCCUUAUGUCCAGGCUGUAUGAGGCCUUUAGAUUCAGGGGGGCCGACUAUGUGUCCAUUGUGUAAACGGCCUACGAUCUAUUAGGUCAAUAUUUCAUAUCAUUCUAAGUAAACAUGACAUAAUUAAAAAACAAAAAAAUUAUAUUACACUUACUAUGUCUUUCUAAUGAUUUCUUUUUAUAAUGAUUUGCUUAUUAUAAGUGACCAUAUAAAUGAU